UGGCUCCCAUUUCGGUUGCCGCUCAGAGGGACGCGCCGCUGGCUUUCUUGGGAGGACGGGGCUUUUGCUUAACCACGCGUGAGACAACGACACGGGCACAUAUAUUUGAAACUGUGUGCCUAUCGUGGAUUUUCGACACAGAUUCGCCCGAGUAUGCCCGUCGGUUGGUACGAAAAGCGCAGGAACCCAAAGACCGGUGGUCAUGUGAUCCGAACUGACCAAUGGGGCCUACGCAUUUGAACGUCCUCGUAUAAAAGACGACCUUGCACUGCGUAGCCAUUGCUGUUUGCAGAUUCUGAUACUCGGGCAAGUAAUCCGGGUGGAAAAUGGAUAUGGCACGCCAUCCCACAGGCAAAGGUUACCUGCAGUCCACGCACAGCGUCAGCAAAUGCAGUGUAUGAUCUGCACCCGGGGCUGCUCGUCUUCCCUCUCAUCGCGCGCCCUCUGCAAGCACAGCAGCACCUGGGAAGAUAUGCAUGGAAUUAUUGGGCAGCAGUAAUCCGGGAAAAAAUAUUUUUUUCGAGUUGGUCCUGCAAUGACUGGUCAGAAUUACUUGCCAUUUGACCAUAGUAGCUGACGCCAGCUUUCUCAAAAUCCACCGUGCAACGAUGGUUGUGCGGCACGUCUCCCGAUUUCCCUGUAAGGAAGGUGCACUCAUCCCAAGAGGCACUUAGGGAGAGCUUGCAUGGGAGGUACCCAGGACAGCAGUAGCCGUAACGAAAUGACACCUGAAAAGCGCAGGCCGUGCCCCAAAUGGAGUGGGACAGAGCCAAACUGCAACAGUAGCAGCAGCAGCGGUGCUGCAGCCCGGGAGGAGCCCAUCCUGGAGCCUAUCAACGGGGUGGUUCAGCCUCCAUUUCUUCCACCGGCCUCGCGGCGGCAGCGGACCACCAACCAGCUGCAGCACUUGCUCAAAGUGGUGAUGAAGGCUCUGUGGAAGCAUCAGUUUGCCUGGCCGUUCCAGCAGCCCGUGGACACGGUGAAGCUGAACUUGCCCGACUACCACCGCAUUAUCCGGCAUCCAAUGGAUCUGGGCACCAUCAAGAAACGGCUGGAGCACUGCUACUACUCCUCGGCACAGGAGUGCAUUGAGGACUUCAAGACUAUGUUCACCAACUGCUACGUGUACAACAAGCCUGGCGAGGAUGUGGUGCUCAUGGCUCAGGCCCUGGAAAAGCUCUUCCUGACCAAGAUAACGGAGAUGCCCAAAGAGGAGACGGACCUGCCUUUGCCUCCACCUCGGGUGGGACAGGCCAAGGGAAAAAAAGGCAAAACUGGUGGGGCAAAGGCCUCCACAUCCAGGGCAAAAGGGCCCAGCCCAGCUGUGCAGAAUGCGGAGAGUCCGGCCACCAACUCCCACUCCCCGGCUGAGAGUGUACCUGGCAGCACGAACACACCCACUGCUCUGAGUGCAACCUCACCCACUCUGCGUUCUAGCACCUAUGCACAGCAGGCGGCAGCUGCACUGGCGUCUGCUGCUGUGCCUCCAUCGCUGGAGGUUGUAAGCCCCGCUGCUACUGCUACCCCCUCUGAACUCCCUGCUUCGACCAUGAGCAGUGCCCCAGCACCCCCUCCUCCACUCGUGCAGUUGCCAGCCUCCAAGGUGAGCCCACCCAUUGCACGGGACGACGGCCGCUGGCCCCAAAGGCGACAGGUGAAAAAAGGUGUGAAGAGAAAAGCGGACACCACCACACCGCUUCCCCUGGAGCCUGGCGCGUAUGGUGGGGCUCCCCCCGAGGCCAAGAAGGUGUCGACGCGGCGUGAGAGUGGGCGGCCCAUCAAGAAGCCCAGCAAGGACCUGCCCGACACGCAGCAGCACAGUUCCAAGCCCAAGAAGGGCAAGCUCACUGAACAGAUGAAGUAUUGCAACAGCAUCCUGAAGGAGUUGUUUGCCAAGAAGCAUGCUGUCUGCACGGGGGCAUUGUUCUUGAAGGGGCCGAGCCUGAAUGCGAGACGUCCACGCCGGGCGCAGCAGCCCAGGCCCGGCUAUGCAUGGCCCUUCUACAAACCAGUGGAUGCAGAGUUGCUGGGACUACACGACUAUCAUGAGAUCAUCAAGCACCCCAUGGAUCUGGGCACAGUCAAGCAAAAGAUGGACAACCGGGAGUACAAAAGCCCAGAGGAGUUUGCUGGUGAUGUGCGGUUAAUAUUUACCAACUGCUACAAGUACAACCCUCCUGACCAUGAGGUGGUUGCCAUGGCGAGGAAGCUGCAGGAUGUUUUUGAGAUGAGGUACGCCAAGAUGCCAGACGAGCCACCGCCAAGUGAGCCCCAGCCUGUGUCGCAUGCUGACCGGGUUGACUCUGAGAGCAGCUCCAGCUCGCGGUCAUCCUCGAGUGCGAGCUCCUCCUCAAGUGACUCUGAGGACAGUGAUGAAGAGCGGGAACGGAAGCUGCAACAGCUUCAGGAGCAGCUGCGCAAGGUGACUGAGCAGAUCAGUCUUCUGGCAGCAGAGAGUCGCAAGAAGGACAAGAAAAAGAAGAAGAAGAAGGCCAAGAGGGACAAGGGUGCAGUGGUGGGUGAUGUGGUUGAAACCAAGGAGAUCAAGAUGGAGGCCGAGCUGCCGGCGGCCACGGCACCUCCUACUUUGGAAGUUGCCUUGGGCACGACACCCACCACGCCUGUGGCGAUCGCCAAGACACCCAAGGUCUCCAAGGGGGCCAAGGGGGCAAAGGGGGCGACGGCCAUGGCGACGGCGGGUGCUGCUGCCGCAGUGACAGCAGGGCCCACCACGGGUGGCACCAAGUCUGGCGGGGGCCAGCAGAAGCGCCAGCGCUCAAACAGCAAAUCGUCCAAAAAGAGCAAAAGCCUGCCGGCCUUCGACAGUGAGGACGAGGACAAUGCUAAGCCGAUGUCGUAUGAUGAGAAACGUCAGCUGAGCCUUGACAUCAACAAGCUACCCGGUGACAAGCUUGGCCGAGUGGUGCACAUAAUCCAGUCGCGGGAGCCGUCCCUGCGCGACUCCAACCCGGACGAGAUCGAAAUCGACUUUGAGACGCUGAAGCCGUCGACGCUGCGCGAGUUGGAGUCGUAUGUGGCUUCGUGUCUGCGCAAGAAGCCCCGCAAGCCUUACUCGUCCAAGAGCAAGCUGGCUGCCACAGCAGUUGGCAAGAGCAAGGAGGAGCAGGUGCGGGAGAAGAAGCAGGAGCUGGAGAAGCGACUGCAGGACGUCAGCGGCCAGCUGGGCGCCACCCCAAAGAAGCCGCUCAAGAAAGAUGCCGAGAACUCGCACGUGGAUGUGGUUGGGGGACCGAGCAGGCUGAGCGCCAGCAGCUCCAGCUCGUCGGACAGCGACAGUUCGAGCUCCUCGUCCACAAGCAGCUCCUCGGACAGCUCGGACUCGGAGUCAGAGCCCUUGCUCAAGAAAGAGAAGACCGAUGCCAACCAGGCUCCGACACUAGAGCCCCAGAGUUUGUUGGGGCCUUCUCUGCCCGGUGCCAUGCCCUCACUGACGCCUGUGGCUCCUCGACAGCCGCCCACUGCUCUGCAAAUGCCGGCCAGUAGCAGUAGCAGCAGUAAUGGUGCAGCAUACUCCCUCCACAGCCCUUCCGGCUUGCCAAUGGGUGGCCCCUCAUCGUUUUCUCCAGCCAUGGUUCCCUUCCAAGGAUUGCUCACACAAGCCCCAAUGCCAGAUCCAGCCCUGACAGCCGCCUACACAGGCCUCACCGGCCCACUGGGCAGCCUGUCUGCCAACGGCAGUGUACCUGCCAGUGGCCGACCUCCAGUGGUUGCUAGCCACAGCAGUCUUCCUCAGCAGCCCUCGCGGCCCACGGCCACUGCAACAGCGGCGCCUGUCAAGAAAAACCCACCACACCCGACGCGGCCCUCCACUAACGUGGCUCCUUCGACCGUGUCCCCAGUGGCAUCUCCCCAGGAACCAGCCCCGCCGGCGGCCUCGCCUCCCCUGACCAAUGCCGACGCUGCUGCACCCAAAGGGUGCCCACAAAGCCCCUCCUCACGAACUGCCCCUCCAACGUCUGAGGCAGCCCUCAAGCUGGACGACCUGUUUACACCUGCAAACCUGAACAGUGGAGCACCCCCGACCACAAGUGCAGCUGCAACCAUGCCAGUUGAGUUUGACCGCAAGCCGGACACCAAGGCGGCUGCAGUGCAGCAGCACCCUGUGGCCCCACAUUCCACAGCCACACGAAAGCAGAGUGGCGAGUCCAAGCUGAAGAACUAUGGCUCCUGGUCCAGCCUAGCCCAGUCUUCAGCCAAUAGCCCUGGCCAGGCACUGAAGACAGCCCAAGUGAAGGACAGCUUCCAGCAGUUCAAGAAGCAGGCCCGGGAGAAGAUGGACAAGCAGCGGCAGCUAUUUGAGGCCCAGGAGCAGCGGCGGCAGCGUGAGCUGGCCGAGAAAGAGCGCCUGCGGCAGGAGCAGGAGAAGCAGCGCUCGGUGCCGCCCCGCCUGGCCCCUUCCACCAGUGUGACUGCCGACGAGGACGAGGGCCGUCGGGCUGCCCCUGCGGCUCCACCGCCUGCCAGCCCGACUGAGAACGCUGUCAGCGAGCGGGAACGGCAGCGCCUGCGGGAGCAAGAGCGGCGGCGCCGUGAGGCGAUGGCUGGUCAGAUUGACAUGAACCGCCAGAGUGACAUUAUGGCAACUUUCGAGGAGAUGCUGUGAUUCCUGCCGCAUGGCCAGGAAGCACCACCGAGCAUAGCUGGUCCAAACCAUUACGACUGUGCCUCGCUAGUGCUGGUGACUUGUGAUAUAAGACUGCUGCACUCAUGUUUCCUAGCAUCCUGCUGUGCACUGGUGGGGACACAUUUGCCAACCUUCGCCCAGUUCUGGGGGUGCCUCUUUUUGCCAACCACUUCAGUGGCAAAUGCAAUGGGACAGUCCUCCCUCAUUGUGUACAUAGGGACUCCACAAUCACCAUGUGUGUGGCCAAGCUGUUAUUUGUUUGUGCAUGCCAUUGAGGUGUUAGCUUGCGGUUGGCUUGGAGGGGACAGUUGGAACUUGGCUGCAUGGUUCAUGCGCAUUUGAGUUUGCAGUGGCUACAUGGCCAUGUAGCCUCUAACACACCCUUCAUUCUUUCUUUUUUAACAGAAAAGUGGCAGGGUUCACUUGUCAAGAUCUUUUUUUCCCUAUCCCUUGCAUCCCCCCCCCCCCCCCACUUGUGUUGUCAGAUGAAUUUCCCAUUUGUUGCAAUGUAGCCUCUAACACACCCUUCUUUCUUUCUUUCUUUAACAGAAAAGUGGCAGGGGUCACUUGACAAGCUUGUCAUUUCUUUAUUUUUUUCUUUAAUAGAAAAGUGGCAGGGGUCACUUGACAAGCUUGUCACUUCAGUUAUUUUUUUAUAGAAAAGUAGUAGGGUUCACUUGUCGAGCUUCCCCCCCCCCCCCCCCCCCGUGUUGUCUGAUGAAUUUCCUGUUUUUUGCAAUGUAACCUCUAACACACCCUCCUUUCUUUCUUUUUUUUAAUAAAAAAGUGGCAGGGUUCACUCGUCAAGCUUUAUUUUCCCGCUAUCUCUCUCCCCCCCCCCCCCCUUCGUGUUAUCUGAUGAAUUUCCCAUUUGUUGCAAUGUAGCCUCUAACACAUCCUUCUUUCUUUCUUUUUUAGUUGAAAAGUGGCAGAGUUCACUUGUCAAACCUCCCCCCUCCCUUCCCCCCUUUUGGUGGCUACAUGGUCAUGUUGCCUUUUUCUUUUAAAGAGUGGCACAUGGCCGGUGAUUUUUGUCAGUAUAUUUUACAUUUGUUUCUUGUUUCUAUCAGUGGACACUGAUUUUACAUUUGUUUUUUGUUUCUAUCGGUGGACACUGAUUUUACAUUUGUUUUUGUUUCUAUCAGUCAACAAUUUUUGCACACAUUCAAAGGCUGUGUGUUCAGAUCGAUUUUUUGCACAAUUGGUAUUAUGUGGACAUUUUCCAAAUGAAUUUUUUUUUGUUUGACUGUGCCAGUGAUGUCACGCUUGUGUGGAAAUUGUGGUUUAGAAAUUUUGUUGACUGGCCUUGUUGUUUUUGUUUAUUUACACACAGGUGGGCACAAUUGGUAAUAGAUGGACAUUUUUAUUUAUUUUCCAAAUGAAUUUCUUUGUUUGAUUGUGCCAUUGAUGCUGCACUUGUAUAGAAAUUGUGGUUUAGAAAUUUUGUUGACUGGCCUUGUUGUUUUUGUUUAUUUACACACAGGUGGGCACAAUUGGUAAUAGAUGGACAUUUUUAUUUAUUUUCCAAAUGAAUUUCUUUGAUUGUGCCAGUGAUGCUGCACUUGUAUAGAAAUUGUGGUGUAGAAAUUUUGUUGACUGGCCUUGUUGCUUUUGUUUAUUUGCACACAGGUGGGCACAAUUGGUAAUAGGUGGACAUUUUUAUUUAUUUUCCAAAUGAAUUUCUUUGAUUGUGCCACUGAUGCUGCGCUCAUAUGGAAAUUGUGGUUUAGAAAUUUUGUUGACUGGCCUUGCUGUUUGUGCUUAUUUACACACAGGUAAGCACAAUUGGUAAUAUGUGUACAUUUUUAUUUAUUUUCCAAAUAAAUUUUUUGUUUGAUUGGGCCAGUGAUGCUGCGCUUGUAUGGAAAUCAUGGUUUAGAAAUUUUGUGGACUGGCCUUGCUGUUUGUGUUUAUUUACGCACAGGUGGCUCCUCCGAUCAAAGCACUUCACUUAAAAUGGCUGCCAAGAUAAUCAGCAUUUUAGUUUCAUCCCACAAUACUCUCUCUGGUGGGGUGCUGCAAGUCCCGAGAUAGUGUGUGUGUGUCAAUAAUGGCUUGCAUGUGUGGUGAGGCACAUUUCCAGCCUUUUUGUGGUCUAACCCCUUCAUCCCAAUUUUUACUGCUCAUAUGCAUCAUCUUGACAAGGUCUUAACAUGCACUCAUUGCCAUGCCUGCAGCAUGUGUGAAAUUUGAUGACAGCCUGUGGCUACAAGUCAAGCUUUCCAGAGCAUAUCAGUAGCAAAUGUGUGGUAUGGCCACAGCAUUUAAUUAUGGUGCGCAGAUGUAUUUGCAGACCGAUUUCAUCAAAGCGGGGGCGGGGGGGGGGGGGGGGUUGUCAUGUGUGCCUGGCAUGUAUGUAGGAGCUUCCUAGGUGUGACCAGCUGUAGGGUUAUAAGAACAGAUUUGUACAUAGACUGUGUGCAUGCUCUUUGUGUUUUUUUUUUCAGGACCUAUUUAUUUUGCUGUGGUUGUAACAACCUAGAGGAUAUAUAUAAAUAUGUUUCUAUUUGCUUCGUCCCUUGUAAAUAUGAGUGUUGAGGCAAUGGAGGCGCAAUUUUUUUGCUCUUCUGAUGUCUAUAAGACGUGUGGAAAGUUUUUAAUAUACAAAGUAAGCCUCGA